CAGAGCAGCUGCUUGGUAGUGACUGCUGGUUAACAUGUAUGGGUCGCGUUUCAGUGAAUAUUUCAUAUUCGUCCCGUUAUCAGAGAACAGAAACAAAAAAUAUAGAGAUGAAAGACGCUACGUAAUGGCGUCGUUGACAUGCGAUCGUGAAUGCAGGACAAAAGGUCUCAUCGGAUAGUCUGCAGAGAUGUUUCUCAGAUUACAGAGUUUAACAUUAACCAGCUCCAGAGAUUACGUGUUUAAGGAUGUAAUGAAAUGCGUUGUUUGUUCUGGUUUAUUAUUAGAGUGUUAUAUGUUGGCAGAAAGACUGUUGACACCGAUCAAAUGUGCUUAAUGUGCCACUCAGACAUCAUUAUAAUGAAUGAGAAAACAUCCCUGCCACAACAAUUCAUCAAUAAAUACUGGGAAUAUUCACAUCAUCCUACAAGAGAAGGACAAACUCCAGGUGUAGCAGCUGAAAUCUGUGUGACGGUUAAAGAUGGAGUUUAUUAAAGAGGAGAUUGAAGACAUACUUGAUCCAGAACCAUCCAGAAUAAAACAUGAAGAUACUGAGACACAAACAGACCGGAUGGAGGUGAAGCAAGAACAUAAACUGGAAGAAGUUGAGGAGGAUCUUUGUAACUUCAAAACUCAAAAAGAUAAAGCCAAAACGCAGCACACCUGCUCUCAUUGUGGAAAGAGUUUUUCUAAAACAUCAAGUCUUAGUAAUCAUCUGCGCAUUCACACUGGUGAAAAAUCAUUUAACUGUGAUGAGUGUGGUAAAACGUUUAUUUCAUCGUCGCAUCUAAGAAAACACCUGAAGGUUCAUUCAGGUGAGAGGCCUCACUUGUGUUCUGUCUGUGGAAAGAGUUUUUCAAGGCUGGAUCAUUUUAAGCAGCAUCAGAAAACACAUAAUGAAGUGAGAGAUCAUGUGUGUUCAGAGUGUGGGAAGAGCUUUACUACAGCUGAGUAUCUGAAACUCCACCAAAGAAUUCAUACUGGAGAAAAACCUUUCAAGUGCUCACAUUGUGACAAGAGUUUCAUUCAGUCUGGACAUCUAAAAGUGCAUGAGCGACUUCAUACUGGAGAGAAGCCGUACCACUGUACUCAGUGUGAGAAGAGUUUCAAAGAUGCAGCAGGUUUGAAACAUCAUGUUCGCAUUCACACUGGAGAGAAGCCAUUUAACUGUGAUCAGUGUGGGACAGAUUUUCAUUCAUUAUCAUAUCUCAAAAAACACCUUAAAGUUCAUUCAGAUGAGAUGCCUCACUUGUGUUCUCACUGUGGAAAGAGAUUUUCAAGGCUGGAAAGUUGUAAACGGCACGAGAAAACACAUAAUGAAGUGAGAGAUCAUGUAUGUUCUGAAUGUGGGAAGAGAUUUACUACUUCGGGUGAACUGAAACGACACCAAAGAAUUCAUACUGGAGAAAAACCUCACAAGUGUUCAUAUUGUGACAAGAGUUUCUCUCAGUCUGGAACCCUGAAAACACAUGAGCGAGUUCAUACUGGAGAGAAGCCGUACUACUGUACUUGGUGUGAAGAGAGUUUUAGACAUUUACCAAACCUUCUCGCACAUAUGAAAAAAUGUGGUGUGCAACGUUUGUCUUCUCGUCAAAUACCUCAGAAGUAAACUGUGUGAGAGCACAAUAUCAUCUCAUUUUGUCAAUUUGGUGAAAAGCUUAGAAAACUAGAAAGAUGUAUGAGUUGAAGCUUCACCAGUCAAGAACUCUUACAGUGUAAAUAAAAUCAUUGUGGUUUAUUUCUGUCAGGAUGGGUUGUGUGUUAAAUAGGUCUUAUUUGAAUUAGAUAUAUUCAUGUAUUUUAAUUAUUUACUAAGUAAAUAAUUCAGUCAAUUUUUACAUAUUUACUAAAUUGUGUUAUGAUUUUACACCUAAUUAUGAGAAAUAAACAGAAACAUCAUCUUG